CAUCUAAACUCAAUCUUCUUCAAUCUCCUUGCAUAUUUUAUCCUCUCUAACAUUUUUUUUGAGAUUUCUUCAUCACCAUGGGCAAAGACAAGAGUAGGGCUGCUACCUCCGGGAAAUCGAAGUCUAAAUCCCGGGCACCGUCCACAACCUCCGAGGAACGCCUCUACUACGGCGAUAGGUCGUACCUCUGGUUCGAUUCCGAGGAGGAGCGCACCCGAUUUCUCACCUUUUUCUCUAAACGGGUUGUGGCUCCCCCACGGAUCAUCCCGGAGCGCUACCCGGAGUUGCAGGGCUACGAUGACCUCGACGCGCAGCUUCAUCAAGCCGGCCUUUGGCCGUUCGUCUCCCAGGCACGAAAGGAGAUCAACCCGGCGCUGAUCCGAGCCAUCUACUCCAACCUCCGGCGUGAGGACGACGUGCUCUACUCGCUUGUCAAGAGCACGCCGAUCGAGCUCACCGUGGAGCAGCUUGGGCACAUCGAUGUGUCUCACUAUGGUGGAGAGGAUUGGGUGCUCAACAACGAGGGCCUUAUCCUCAACGAGCUUGGCAUCACCGAGCUCAAACGCCAUGCCUCGGGACGCCCAACCAUCCACUCCGCCAACCCCGAAGGCCGCCUCGUCCUCUACAUCGUCUCCCGGAUCCUCAAACCGAGGAAGCACGGCCACACCAUCAUGCAC